ACGUACAGGUCAACCCCGCAGGCCAUACUGCCCCUACGCCUCGCCACCCUACCCUUCCUACUCCUGAGUAGCCACACUCCAUUUCUAUUUCUCCCAGCAUUUUACUGAAGAAAUUUCUAGAGAGAGAAAGCAGAGAAUUGUAGAGAGAGAAAGCUCUCUGAUCUCCAAAACGCAGGAGAGGGGGCAGACCUGAGAUCAUACCAUCCCCUAAUCGACCAAACCAUGUGGAGAAGACUCUCUUCGCACCUCCAAACCCUAGCUCCCCGCCGAUCUCUUCCCAAACCGUCCCGCUUCGUCUCCGGCUCCGCCGUCUCGCCGUCGCCGCUCCGCCGAGCACCUUCUUGCUUCUCUCGCUACUUUUCUUCAGAUUCCGAUAGUGCUGUGUCAAAGGAGAAGAAGAGGAUUGAAGAUGUAAUGCCAAUAGCAACUGGUCACGAGCGUGAAGAACUCGAAGCUGAGCUUGAAGGAAGGAAUAUUCUUGAUAUUAACUAUCCAGCUGGCCCAUUUGGUACAAAGGAAUCACCAGCAGUAGUUAAAUCUGUCUACAACAAAAGAAUAGUUGGAUGUCCUGGAGGUGAAGGUGAGGAUGAACAUGACGUUGUCUGGUUUUGGCUGGAGAAAGACAAACCCCAUGAAUGCCCAGUAUGCUCUCAAUACUUUGUGCUGGAAGUGGUGGGGGCAGGGGGAGAUCCAGAUGGACAUGAUGAUCACCACUGAUUGCAGCUUAUUUUCCUACCAGAGUAAAAUCUGGUGAUUGUUGAGAUAGUUUCUAUUAUGAUAAGCAGCUUACGAAAAAGCUGCUGUUCCUUUGUUUUUGAUGAUGGAUCCCUAACUUCUCUCAUGGCUAUUGCUUGGCAACAAUGGGUUGGUAAUUUUUUUUUUUUCUUUCUUUUCUUUUCUUGUUACAUGACUUGUAUUGGUCAUCUGUUGGAGCUGUGGAUUCUUUCUCUUCUUGAAUGCAUCAUCAAAAUAAUUGAUGGCUGAGUUUUGAUUCUUUCA